UAUAUUUUCACCUAAUAAUAUAUAAUAAUCCCCCAAUUUUUAAGUGCAUCAGAGAAUUAACGAGAAGAUUCAGAUUUAUUAUUCGGUAUCUCAAAUGGAAGCGGAUGUAUCCAUUCCCUGUAUUAUGAUUUCUGCAAAACCCUAACCACUUCUCUUUAUUGUUUGUACCUCUGAGGAAUUAGGGUUUUUUGAUUGAUUGUGUGGGAAAUCUCAGAAUUUUAUUUUGGGGGAAGCUAUGAGUCCGGCUGUAGUUUUCUCGUUGCUCUCUCUGUUGGCUGGUUGUUAUAUGGCGGCGGCGAAUGUGGUGCUCAUGGGGAAAAACGUCACUCUCUCUUUCGACGAUAUCGAAGCUAAUUUCGCUCCACUGGUUAAAGGUUCAGGAGAAUGUGGGGUAUUAUACCUAGCAAAGCCUCUCGAUGCAUGCUCGACAUUGACAAAUAAAGCUGAACAAGCUUCAAAUGCUAGUUCCCCAUUUGUUCUGAUUAUUAGAGGAGGCUGUAGCUUUGAGGAUAAAGUUAGAAGAGCACAGAAAGCGGGAUUCAAAGCUGCAAUUGUCUAUGACAAUGAAGAUGAUGGUGUCUUGGUUGCAAUGGCAGGAAAUUCAGCUGGUAUAAAAAUACAUGCCGUGUUUGUUUCUAAAGCUUCAGGUGAAAUGCUAACAAAAUACACAGGCUUAUCGGACAUGGAGCUAUGGAUUAUCCCAAGCUUUGAAAACUCAGCAUGGUCUAUCAUGGCAAUCUCUUUUAUUUCCCUACUUGCCAUGUCUGCUGUGCUGGCUACUUGUUUCUUCGUUCGCAGGCAUCGUGUAAGACGUGAACGACCUCGAGCUUCUCGUGUCCGGGAAUUCCAUGGGAUGAGCAAUCGAUUAGUGAAAGCAAUGCCAAGUUUGAUAUUCACUGCUGUUUUAGAGGAUAAUUGUACUUCAAGAACAUGUGCCAUAUGCCUUGAAGACUAUAGUGUUGGAGAGAAGCUCAGGAUUCUACCAUGUCGUCAUAAAUUUCAUGCUUUCUGUGUGGAUUCUUGGCUUACUUCUUGGAGAACCUUCUGUCCAGUUUGCAAGCGCGAUGCAAGAACUAACACAGGUGAUCCACCAGCUUCUGAAUCAACACCGUUGCUUUCAUCCAGUCCAGCCUCUGUGGCUUCUUCUGUGUUGUCAUCUGUGAGAUCGUCGUUAGCAUCAUCACCGGCUGUACAAAUAGCACCAGCAUCAUCACGAUCUCCUUCAGUUUCUCGAAUUCACUCUUUUGCUAGCACUCCUUAUGUUCAGCAGUCCCUCAGUUACUACCGCCAAUCCCCUCCCCUAAGUGUAAGCCGAAGCUCAGUAGAUCUCAGGAAUGCAUCAUCUCAAAGAUCUCAUGCUUCCCAUUUGGUUUCACCCCAUUCAUUGGGUUACCCAUCUUUAUCUCCACUUAACUCAAGAUACAUGUCUCCAUAUAUUCCAAGCACAAGCUACGCAUCACCUAGCUUUGUGAGUUCGUCUGGUCAUCAGCAGCACCCACUGCAUUGCAGCGAGUCGGCUGCAAGUUUUUCGCCCUUUGCUUCUGCCCAAUCACUUCCAGAUUGCUGAGUAAAAAUUUAGCAUGUGACUGACAAGCUGGGUAGAUGUUGCCAAGAGCUUAUCAGAGGGAGUCAAACCAACAUACCUGAGAUGAUUUUUACCUCUGGCUUACACCACAAAGUUGCUGCAUCAUGCUACGAUUCUAUUUGACAUGGUUGCUCGAGUCAUCAGUUUUCUUGUCUGAGUGUUACUUGUUGCCACCUCACAUGUACAUUGUAGUAUAAGAUUGUCAUAUCUUAAGUCCUGAGUGUAUUGUGCUGUACUGGAUUGCAUUAACAUUGGUGUUUUGAUUGUCUUCGUUGGUGAGUAUAGUAAACCACACUAACCAGACAGAUGGUUGGGGCUGUGCAGAAACUUGCAGUUACAGAGGCUCUUUCGUUUUGGUAUAUGCAAAUGAAUCAGCUUCUUUA